AUGGAGUCUAAGCGGAAGUAUGGGAAGCCGCAGCCGCCCGGGGAGCUAGUGCUGACGCGGACGAAGAAGCGGCAUUCGCAGGCGUGUGAUAGGUGUCGGUCGAAGAAGAUCAAGUGUGAUGGGUUGCAGCCGUGCUCUAACUGUGCGAAGAUCGGGUACAACUGUGUGACCUCGGACAAGCUGUCUCGUAGGGGUCUUCCGAAGGGGUAUACCGACUUGCUUGAGUGCGAAGUGGUUAAACUACAGAAAAUUGUGAAUGAGAUAGCUGGGUAUGAGACGCUGGACAGGAACGAGUUCAAGAGUAUAUUGAAGACGAAUGACUACCUGGAUAAAGUGAAGCAUCUACUGGCGGAAGAAAGUGACGGCGAUGGCGAUGGCGAUGGCGAUGGUGAUGGGAACGGCAAAGUUGAAAACUAUGGGGAUGGUUCACAGAGGGAAUUUGGCGAGUUGGCGGUGUUAGAAGACCAUUCAACAAAGGAGAAUUCAUUUUCCAUGGGUAAGAACAGCAACGAGGGCAGUACGAGCCCCCAAGGCCAUAAUAAUGACAGUAGCUCGGCAGGUACGGAGCUCACACAAGGUCGCGAUGAGAUUGGCCAGUUGGCAUUCAUUAAUGACACUUUCUAUUACUAUAAGAAUUUUUUCUAUAUUACGCCAACACAAGACACCUUCUCUAACAAUUUGUCGAAUAACUACCUUGGACACGGCACAUGGCAUUUAUUGAAUGGUAAUAUACACCCAACAGGAAAGGAUACCAAGAAAAAACAAGAUAACAAUAAACUAAUAGAUACCUCUUUUAUUCACGAUAGCACUUGGCUGAGAGAGUUCCAAAUAGAUACCAUGGUGGAAAUACUGCAACUAAAUUCCCAGUAUUUAUUGCCACAGUUUUUGCUAGUCAAAUACAAGUAUAAUAUGAAUCAAAUUAAAGAGCUUCUGGUGUUGGCAAUCGAGCAGUUCUUUAAAUCACAGAGUUCUCUGAUACCCUUAUUGUACCCUCAAGCCAUUUGGAAAGAGAAACUUACACAACAGGUAAUUCUAAGUAUAUCAAAUCUAUCGACUGGCUAUACCAACACAUUGUCUACCAAUCCAAUGGCUUCUCCCGUCUUAGAGAAGAAAAUUGGUUUGGUAGAUAACAACCCCAUUAUUCUUCUCACAUUGAUAUACAUAAUACAGACUAAUUGGUCAUGCAUAGAUGACUACAAAUUGUAUCAACUAUCGAAGCUGAUUUUUUCUACUAGUCCUAAAAAUCUGACAACAUUUCAGUCCCUUUUAGUUGCAACUUUCUAUUUCAUGGGAAGCUGCGACAUGAAGCAAAAUUGGUAUCAAGAGGUUAUGCAUGAGAAAACUACAGAGGAGAAGAGGAAAGGCAAAUCAGCAAAUUCUAACAAGAAAAAUUUGAAACUCAGUUCCAACUUGUGGGCUACUGAGCUCUUACAUCUUUCAUACACUUUUGCCCUUGAUAUGGGCUUAUUUAUUAAUUACACCAACUUGAUCCCACUCUGUUUUGACAAUAGAUUGCUACCGACAAAACAAAGGGGUAACCAAACAGCAACAUCACAACUAUUUGAUAUAGCCGAUAUCGAGGACUACACUGACAAAAUUGUUGUAGCUUUUUGGUGUUUUCAAUUCCUUGAUUCAUGGUGGUCACUAAUGCAAGGAUUGCCGAAAUCAAACUUCCUGAUGAACGAAUUUCAUCCGAAGGAUGUAAAAUCAUUGAAGAAACCAGAACUGAAAGUCUUCUCAUUGAUUUUGGAGUUUGUUCUUGCAUUUGACGGUUGCAAUCUAUUACAUACAUUAUCAAAUGGAGGGCGCCUAAAGUUGGCCGAAACUACCGGAGCAUUUAGGAAUAUAUUAGAUAAGUGGAAACUCUAUCACAGCAUUAAAGAUCACGAAGAGCUUCACGAAUCUCAACUAAUGCAAGCUGACCACUAUUCUAAUCUGGACAUAUUCUUGACUAAAUCCGACAUUGUUGAAAUUCAGUUAACGCUAUAUUAUUUGAUUCUUGCUUUAUUCUCAGAUACAAGAAUGAUUACAAGAAAAGAAAGUGAUCAGUUUGAAUAUGCCCAGACAUUUACUUCUGAUAUUGCAUCCGACAAUAAAAAAGACUUUAACUUCAUUGAAUCUUAUCCAACUGAAGAAAUUUCAUAUGAGAUUUUAUCGCUAUAUUUUCUACUAUUGUUGAACAAGGAUAUCAUAGAACAACCGCAGCAAUUCAAUGUAUUGCAUAUUUUACCUUGUGAUUCACUAGAUUUAAUCAAAUUAUGUUUAAAUAACCUUCAUCAAUGGUCUGUCUCUCCUCAACACCCUAACGAGACAAGUGAACAAAGUAAUUGGAAAUUUAACAAAUAUAAAACUCUACUUUCACAGUGGUGUCAACUAUGGUAUAUAGAUGAAAGCCAAGAUUCCCUUCUCAAGAAAAUACUGGUAAGUUUCAAGAUAAAGCUACAGAAACCAGGAGAUUUUAAUGAUUCCAAUUUCAGUUUACAAAAAAUUAAGUACUUCACAGAAGUUGUCAACUUUAAUGCAAUCACGAGAACUAAUCUGGUCAGAUCUAAUUCCAACGCAAAUAUGGAUCAAUUUAAUUUGUUCGAGAACAUUAAUACGGAUUCAAGACUAAUGUCUCCACUCUUAAAUAGCAGUAUCAGAUUACCGCUUUUACAAGAAUCUAAGAGCUUUUCUAAUGUCAACACUCAAGGUGUUGGGGAGGAUCUUGGACUUGCUAUAAAUGCCACUGACCUAAAUUCUAGUAACUUCUUGAAUCUAGGGUUUCAGAACCCCAUGGGUAGCAUUAACCUACAAAGGAAUAAAAAUCAAGCAGCUGAAGAACAAGAUGAUACCGAUGACGGUUAUGCAGAAGAUGAUGAUGACGACGAUGAAGAAGGAAAUAAUGCACCAUUAGAGUUCAAAACCAGAAGACGGCCUUCCUUGUUUCAACAAAAGCAUAAUCAGCCCCCAGUAUUCAACAAAUACAGGCAAGAAAUCGAUAAAACAAAGCAAGUUUCGUUUGCCAACGGGAACCCUUCAUCAACGUUUAAAAGUGUACCUGCUGGAAAUAAAAGAAAGAUUGACCAUAUUAUAUUAGAUGAGAAUUCUUUAGAAAAGAAUACUAAAAGACAAAACAGGAUAAAUGAAACUGACAGAAAAGCAACUUUCCCUGAUAGCAAUAACACCCAAAAGCCACUAAUCAGUCCAUCUCGUCUAUUGACGGAUGGCUAUGAUAAAUCAGGUAAUUCAUCCCAGACCGUAUUACCUCCAAUAUCAUACUACAGCAACCCCCAGGGUAUGGAGCCAAAUGAGCCAAAAACAUACUUAAAUCAAAUUACAGAUAUGGUUAGAAGUAGCAACAAUGAUCUAUCAAUGGUUCCUUCUCAGUCAAACUCUACUGUAUUGACAAGGAUCAACAGUAACAGCAAUACGAGCUCCAAAAAGCUUUUGGAAACUCCAAGGACAUUCUUAAAUAUGUUUUUAUUAAACACUACUCCACAAGGAAACGACAAGCCGCUCUCUGUCGACGAUCGGUUAAGUAAGCCAAACUCUGAUAUCAACUUGCUUGAACAAAGCAAAAAACUGGCCUCAACUUCAUCCCUUACAAGCACGUUCAUCGAAGCUGGCGCGUCUCCAGACAAAUUAUAA